AUGGCGCUCGCCGACAAACACAAAGUUAAAAGGCUCCGGCUGGACAGGAUUUGUGAAGGCAUCCGGCCCCAGAUUAUGAACGGCCCCAUGCAGCCACGCCCCCUGGUGGCCCUUCUGGACGGGCGGGACUGUACUGUGGAGAUGCCCAUCCUCAAAGACCUGGCCACUGUGGCGUUCUGCGAUGCCCAGUCCACACAGGAGAUCCAUGAGAAGGUCCUGAACGAAGCGGUGGGGGCUAUGAUGUACCACACCAUCACUCUGACCCGCGAGGAUCUGGAGAAAUUCAAGGCCCUGAGAAUCAUCAUUCGUAUCGGCAGCGGCUACGACAACAUCGACAUCAAGGCCGCCGGUGAUCUGGGGAUCGCCGUGUGUAACAUACCGUCGGCAGCGGUGGAGGAGACGGCCGACUCCACCCUCUGCCACAUCCUGAACCUGUACCGGCGGAACACCUGGCUGUACCAGGCCCUGCGGGAGGGCACGCGCGUGCAGAGCGUGGAGCAGAUCCGCGAGGUGGCGUCCGGCGCCGCCCGCAUCCGGGGGGAGACCCUGGGGCUCAUCGGCUUCGGUCGCUCUGGGCAGGCGGUGGCUGUGCGGGCCAAGGCCUUUGGCUUCAACGUGAUCUUCUACGACCCGUACCUGCAGGACGGGCUGGAGCGGUCGCUGGGGGUGCAGCGCGUCUACACCCUCCAGGACCUGCUCUACCAGAGCGACUGCGUGUCCCUGCACUGCAACCUCAACGAGCACAACCACCACCUGAUCAACGACUUCACCAUCAAACAGAUGCGGCAGGGGGCGUUCCUGGUGAACUCGGCGCGGGGCGGGCUGGUGGACGAGAAGGCGCUGGCCCAGGCUCUGAAGGAGGGGCGGAUACGCGGGGCGGCCCUGGACGUCCACGAAUCGGAGCCCUUCAGCUUUGCGCAGGGGCCCCUGAAAGACGCGCCCAACCUGAUCUGCACGCCGCACACGGCCUGGUACAGUGAGCAGGCUUCUCUGGAGAUGAGGGAGGCUGCGGCCACGGAGAUCCGCAGGGCCAUCACAGGCCGUAUCCCCGACAGCCUGAGAAACUGUGUCAACAAGGAGUUCUUUGUCACCACAGCGCCCUGGGCAGUAAUUGACCAGCAAGUACAUCCGGAGCUCAACGGAGCCCCCUACAGGUACCCGCCCGGCCUGGUGGGCGUGGCUCCGGGAGGGAUCCCCGGGACGAUGGAAGGCAUGGUGCCGGGAGGACUGCCCAUCGCCCAUACCCUGCCCUCCGGCACACACCCGUCCCAGGCUCCAUCGCCCAACCAGCCCUCUAAACACAGCGACACCAGAGAGCACCUAACCGAGCAAUAGCACUAAACCAGGGGCCGUUCCCACAGCAAGGCGGGACCAGAGACAGUGAAAUCUCUUGCUGAGAGACACUGCACGUUCCACAGAUUUCUACUAUUUCAUAUCGGUUCCUUUUCGAUAUAUAUAUUUUUUUUUGCCCUCGCCCCGAGGGUACUGCAUUUGGUUCCGUAUGUCUGUAUGUAUGUCCGUCUGUCUCCAUCUGGAUCCAUCAAAGGGACGCAGUAACAUGGUUUCACCACAAGAGGUCAUGUCAAUGGUACAAGGGUCAUAAGUAUAUACUUGUUCUUUUAAGAUGCAUUAUUAUUUUUAUUUUUUAUUACUUUUUUGGGGAAAUGCCUGUCAAUACCAUGCAGUUGGGGCAGGCUGCUAUAUGAGCCAUGCUCCACCUUCUCCCCACCUUGUAGGAGUGAGUGUGUGUUUCCUUAUGUACCAACCAGAGAGCUCUGCAGAACAAGAAAAUCACCUGUUACUGACUUUGCCCCACCUCUACAAUCUUAAGCCCCGCCCCUAACUUGGAGCCCCUGACCCUCUCAUCAUGUUUUAUUUUUUCCAGUAAAUGUGUGUCUAUUUCACAUCUGUUAUUCCGCUUUUUAUCCCAAAAACAACUAUUUGUAUUUUGUUUUUCAAUGUGAAAAAUAUGAAAAAAAAGUUAUAAAAAAUAUAUUUAUCAGACAACAGGAGAAGGAAGUAAAGGGGCAAUCUAUGGCAUGAACUUUGACCCUUUCCUUGUCCAUGGAGCUCAGUGUGUAGUUCUAUGAAUGUACAUUCAUCACAGCAGGUGGGGUUAAGGGUGGAGAUUUCCCAUCCCCUAAGACAGAAUGAUUUAUUUUCAUCAGAUUCCUCCACCCACAAAUGUCUAACUCUGAUAUCUCAAAUAUCCUAUAAUGUCAAGAGGUGUGUGCUCUCUGAAUAUUGACAGAUUUCUGUGGUCAGUGUUUGGUAUUCUCAUGCAUUCAGUGUUUAGGUUUGUACAGAAAUUGAUGUACCAAGUGACUGUUGGAAUUAUUUCAGUUUUUGGAAGUAUCAGCCUUUUUAAAGGUGCUUUCACUAAAUUUCCAAAUAUCUGAAUUUAAUAUUUUUUGGAUGGCCCCAAUUUCUUUUUAAGAUACAUGUGGGCAUGACUCUUUCUUCAGAGACUGAGAGUCACAGAGGUUUUUAAAUGGUUCUUCACUGAAAAUACCAUUACAACUGUCUGGGCAGGAAAGGGUUAAAUUAAAGUUCAUUUCUAAACUGACUCAGGAAAACACAUUUUGCAGAUUUGUUUUUUUUUUUUUUGCUUCAAAAUAUUGUCUGAGAAAGAAAAGGAAAAAAAAAGUUUGGAUAUUUUCUCUUCUACCACAUCCUGUUCCUCCAUUGUGGUAUUUUUAUAAAAAAAUAAACAUCCUAUGUUUCUGGUGUUUAAAGUUUUGCAGUUCUGCUAGAUUUGUAUUGCUUAAACUGUUCUUAUAACAUUGUCUCAUGUGAACCACCCCUUUUUUGUUGUUGUUCUAAAUGAAAGCCCAUUGGAGCUCUUGGAGGGCGCUGUGUACUCUCUGAGCAAUAGCAUAAUACUUCUAGUGUCCCAACAAUAGUGCGAGGAGACCGUCGGCAGUAUGUUUGGUUUUUAGUGUGAGUAUUUGUAUUUGUUUCUUGUACAAGGUGAACAUUUAGCAUUCAGUGCAGUUCAAAUAAAAAUACACUUCUUAAAUUGUA